AUGUCGCGGAAGGGCUUCGCGAAACAGCGUGGUCUCACAAAGUUGGAGCGGAGUCUCAACUUGGCUUCUGCGUUGUCUGAGUUUGAUUCCCGAAGCUGUCAUCGCGCUGCUUGUGGUCGGCUCAUGUCUACCCUGCCGGCUGAGAAGAUCCUGCUCCCCGAAUCCAAGGGCCAUCUCAGCUGUACCUACCGUAAUCAUCGGGCUAACAAUGAGCAUGAUCGGUGGCCGCGCUGGUGUCAAUUUGAAUCCGAAGCGAAAACCGUCGACCCCAGCGUCAGAAGGGUCGCCGUUUCCGUACCCAUGCUAAAGUUGAGGCGGAGUUCGUGGGAGAGGGUUCUUCAUGCAGGCGCUUCGAGAGCGCAGAAAGCGUCGCUGCGCUUGGAUUCGGAACAGGAGCAGCCGACGUGA